UUGGCAGCGCAUGGAAAAAGAAGGCCUGCGCUCAUGAACAAGCGUCGAGAGCUGGGCAUCACGGUCAACCAGACGCCGAGUUUUCUAAGGCUCAGAGAGGAGUUCGUUCGAAAGAUUCGAACAAAAUAUGAUUCUGCUUUUGUGAAAUUGGAACUUCUCUCGCUGAGGACGAAGACGGGAAGGAGCCCGGUCGAAUCAAGCAGGAGUCUGAUCAGCUCGCUGCGCAUAGGCGGCUCUGGAGCCACGUCGCCAAAUUCUACGCACGUCUCGGACCAGCAAUGCUGUGUGUGCAGACGGACGCUCAGGUUCCUCGAUGCGAGGUACGCGUGUCAGGUUUGCGAAAAGGUGGCGUGCGGACAGCACGCUACGCAGUUUCCCUCUCUCCCGCCGUCUACCGCCAAGGUGGACUGUUGUCGACGCUGUCAUUGUUACCUCAGGCGCUAUUUCUUGCUGAAGAAGCUCAAGUCGAGGAUCGGUGGCAGCCACCGACUUCCUGUAGUUCGUGUCUAUCAGAAACUUCUUGAAGGUACCUCCCGCAUCUCCGCCUCGAUGCCCGGCUUCAAGGGCCUGGUGCUUUCCCUAGUCUACCUGUUCGACGCCUUCUCCAUAGACGCAGAGCGACCCACCGACGAACAGGGCGCUCCAAUUUUUCUCCCUCAAUCUACGAUUUACGAACUUGUGCGAAAAGCUGCUGAGGCCCAACUCGAGCUCUCCUCGCGCUGUUCCGAGCUCCAAGUCGACCUCAAGGCGCUCUUCGAGAUCGCGAAGAACGCCUCUCCGACUCUCGCUAGACUAGUAGGGUCUUUGAGACUGACGGUGAUGAGCUUCUUGUCCUCCAACUCAGUUGAAUUCCACAACCUGACGUCUCAGUUCCUCCGCGUGCAAUACUUUUUCAUCAACCAAGGCAUGCUCGACGCGAACGUCGUUCACAAGGUCGCAGACGAGCAGCGCAAGGCGAGCCCAUCGCCCCCCGACCAACAACCCAAACCCGUUCCGGACGAGCAAACCAAAAAAAAUUUGUCUCCACAUUUGAACCCCGAAGACCUCUUCGAACACCACAACACCGCCCUGAAAGACAUACCAAUAGGCGAUGGCCCGCCAAAAAUACAACCCAACUCACUCUCAAACGCCAACCUUGACCCCUUCAGACACUGGCCCAACUCCCAUUCCGCACCCUCUCCGUCUCUUCUUGACUCGUUCUCCAACAGACUGAGUCGACUGUUCCAAGAGCGCCCCUCCAAUCUGUCUCGC